CUUCAAAGUACAGAUGUCUUGUUAGGCUCCGCCCCUUUCUUGGUAGUACUAUUUUCUGAUGAAAUUGUAGUUUUCAUUAAUAAUUUAUAAUCAUGCGUAGUGUUAUUAUUAUUUGUUCCGCUAUUUUAUUCAAUUUUGGAAUUGGAGCCCAGAUCGACACCGUAGUGCUCGAUGAGCUUCUCCAAGAAAUCGUGGAUUCUUCAAUGUCCGAGCUACGUCAUCGGUUGCAAGAAGCCGUGUUUGCCACGUCAUUCCGCCGCAAAAUUUUGGGAAAUUCUGAAAAAGGGGAGAAAAAUCCGAAAAAUCUGGAAAAUCUUCUGCUCGACGAUUAUCUGAAGCCGCAGAAGCUGGCUUUAUCCCUGGAGACAUACACCUCACAGGCCCCGCCCACCACAACUACAGUAAUCCCUGUCAAACUGGUGACAGCUGCUGACGUGGCAAUUUCCGCUCAGCAGAGGGUUUUUAAAGAUGACGUGUCCAAUUUCGCGAAUUUCUCCGAUAAAGCCGCCGAAAAAUCGAUAUAUUCGAUUCCACGUGUUCCUGUGUACGUGGCGGUUACUGUAAUUGCCGCCUGUAUUCUGACAUUCGUGCUGCUCGUCGGGACGGUCAUCUAUUUUUUGACAAAUCGUUGGAAGGAGACACGGAUGAAAAUGGAUUUAGGAGCACCACCAGGUCGAAUUUUGGAUCCGCUAAGUGUUCAAGGUCUCGCAACGUGCCACGUCAAUAACGUCUUCCCAGGCUCCCGACGGAGCAGCCUGUACCUGGAUCAGGACCGUACCACGUCAUCAAUAUGGGCUCAUCCGUGAAAAUUUGAUAUUUGUGUGCUAGCAUUAUUUGAAUAAAAAUCUAUAAUUUUUAAGAUAAAAAUGUUUUAAAAUUGCUGAAAUAUUUGAAUAUUCUGAAAAACUAUCGAUUUUUUUUUGUUGAAAUUUUCUUGAAUUUAUCGAUUUUUGACUGAAAAUGUCUU